GGCUCUUCUCUCUCUCUCCCCUCCCCAUCUCCCUUUUCCUUUACUCUUCUCUCAGACAUGCAAUCUUCUUUGUGACCCUUCACUCCCCCUCUGUCCCGUCCUGUCUGUCCUCUCGGCUUCAUCUGAACUGUCUGGCUUGUGUUCCUGCCGUGCCUCCUUCUGAGCACCGACUCCUGGCAUGAUUUCCAUCUUCCCAUCUCAGAGCUAUGAAGCUGCACUUAUCAAAGGCGAGGAGGGAACACUCCCUGGGCUGCGAGCAGCUCUCCUACUGAAAGGGUCUCCCUGGCGAAAAGUGCCACAGAAGCUAGGACAGAUGCAUGGAUCGGUCUCACUGAAAUCAUGCUAGGAAAGGAGGUGGCCAUGGUUUUAUUGCUGAAUGCUGCUCAGGCGAGAGAGAUCAGUGAAUACAGAUCAGGCAGCCAGUGACAAUCUCUGCAGCAGAGUGUUUACACACAAAGGCCAGGACGAGGCAGCAAGUAACUGAGCUUCCUUGCGGAGAGAUAAGGCACAAACCAUGAAUUACGUUGGGCAGCUAGCAGGCCAAGUGUUUGUUACCGUGAAGGAGCUCUACAAGGGGUUAAAUCCUGCCACACUAUCUGGAUGUAUUGAUAUAAUUGUUGUACGUCAGCCAGAUGGAAAUCUUCAGUGUUCCCCUUUCCAUGUGCGCUUUGGGAAAAUGGGGGUUCUGCGUUCUAGAGAGAAAGUGGUUGACAUAGAAAUUAAUGGAGAAUCUGUUGAUUUGCACAUGAAACUAGGGGACAAUGGAGAAGCAUUUUUUGUACAGGAAAUGGACAAUGAACAGGAGGUUAUUCCUUACCACCUUGCUACAUCCCCCAUUCUAUCAGAGGGAGCUGCUCUGAUGGAAUCACAGCUGAAGAGGAACUUGAUAGACAGGGUGAGGAACUUGGAUUCUGGAUCCUCACAGGUAUCAAUCACCAGUCUGGCUUCCCAGUCUGCUAUAGAAAGUUCCUCAGUUUGUGGUUCCGUGAAGAAAAGAAGGAAAAGGAGGAGGAAAUCUACCCAUAAACUUGACAGUUUAAAAAGAGAAGACAAUGGAGACACAUCAGAAGAUGAAAACAUGUUUCUUAUGCAGAUUAGUUCUGAGGAAGAGAAUGAGCCAGCGGACAAUUUGAGGAUAUCGGUGACGGAUGUUUUUAGUGAAGAAGAGUCUGAGAUAAAUACAUCUGCAACCAGUAUGCUUUCACAAUCUGCACCAUAUCCCCAUUCAGAUGGAGAGUGGUCACCGCUUAAGAGUAAGCUUAUAGAUUGCACAGGGCCAUCCUCUCAUCUCACUGUACCAGCAGAAGGAGGCCUAUCUAGUUCUUGUCCUCAUCAAUCUUCUCACUUCCCUGCUACAGACAGUCCCUCAGGUUCUCGCCCUCCCACUCCGAAGAGUGAUUCAGAAUUAGUCAGUAAACCUUUGGACAGGGGAAUGCAGAAGAACAAUCCACAAAUGCACUGGGACUGGGGAGAGCUACCUCAAGCUGCAAAGUCCACUUCUUUAGUCAAGGCAAAGGAAUCCAGCAUGGUGAAUGUAAAUCCUUCUGAAAGCACUCAUUUUCGAGUAAUUCAAAGUGAGUCUGCAGAGCAGAUAAGCAGCUUGACUUCUUUACCUGCCAGUGGACAGGCAGCUGUUGUGGCUUCAAAUGAAAGUGACUUCCAGCCAGCACCAAACGAGAUAAAUGAAGGGGAAAUAGAGGCUCUAGGAGAAGCAGAACCACCACUGUCUGCCAAUGAAGAAAUCAAACAAGCUGCAGCUUGCUUACCCCAGCCAGUGAGCAAAAUAGAUUCCCCUUCUAGAAAGAAAGAUAAACGAAGCCGGCAUCUUGGAGCUGAUGGUGUCUAUUUAGAUGACCUCACCGACAUGGAUCCAGAAGUUGCUGCACUUUAUUUCCCCAAAAAUGGUGAAAAUAUUGCACAUGGAAAGAAUGCAAAUGAAAAUGGACCACGGUCAGCCAAUCAGUCCCCUCACUCUGGUGGAAGUUCAGGUGUUGAUAGUGGCGUUGAAGGUGUCUCAGAUGGAAUGAGAGACUUGCCUUCAAUUGCCAUUUCACUCUGUGGAGGUCUUAGUGACAACAAAGAGAUAACAAAAGAUCAGUUCUUAGAACAAGCAGUAACGUACCAGCAGUUUGUGGACAAUCCUGCUAUCAUUGAUGACCCCAACCUUGUGGUUAAGAUUGGAAAUAAAUACUACAACUGGACAACAGCUGCUCCACUUCUACUGGCAAUGCAAGCAUUCCAGAAACCUUUGCCAAAGGCCACUGUGGAAUCUAUUAUGAGGGAUAAGAUGCCCAAGAAAGGCGGAAGAUGGUGGUUUUCAUGGCGAGGGAGGAAUAGCACUAUCAAAGAGGAAACCAAGCCAGCACAAGGUUUGAGUGGACAGGUGCUUGCUGCAGAAGAGGAGUCAUCACAAAUGAGCAUUGCAGACAGAAUAAAAGAUGAAUCUUCUUCAAGUGAUGAAGACCCAAGAGCUACAAAACCAAACAUUGGGUCAUUGCAAACCAACUCAAGUCAUCUCUCAUUAUUGUCAGGAGUCAGUUACAAAAAGACCCUUCGACUCACUUCUGACCAGCUUAAAAGUCUGAAACUCAAGAAUGGUCCUAAUGAUGUGAUCUUUAGUGUUACGACACAAUAUCAAGGCACGUGCCGCUGUGAAGGCAUCAUCUAUUUAUGGAAUUGGGAUGACAAGGUUAUUAUUUCUGACAUCGAUGGAACUAUCACAAGGUCCGAUACUUUAGGUCAUAUUUUGCCCACUCUCGGCAAGGAUUGGACACAUCAAGGGAUUGCAAAGUUGUACCAUAAAGUGAGCCAAAACGGGUACAAAUUUCUGUAUUGCUCAGCACGAGCUAUAGGAAUGGCAGACAUGACCAGAGGGUAUUUGCACUGGGUGAACGAACGAGGAACAGUGCUACCUCAAGGACCUUUGUUGUUAAGUCCAAGCAGCUUGUUCUCAGCCUUUCACAGGGAAGUGAUAGAAAAGAAGCCAGAAAAGUUUAAAGUUCAGUGCCUGACAGACAUCAAGCAUUUAUUUUAUCCAAACACAGAACCCUUUUAUGCAGCCUUUGGAAACAGACCUGCUGAUGUUUAUUCCUACAAGCAAGUGGGGGUCUCGUUAAACAGAAUAUUCACAGUUAAUCCCAAAGGGGAACUUAUACAAGAGCAUGCAAAAACAAACAUCUCAUCUUACGUCAGACUCUGUGAGGUGGUUGAUCACGUGUUUCCUUUGCUGAAAAGAAGCCAUUCUUCAGACUUCCCUUGUUCUGAUACCUACAGUCAGUUCACGUACUGGAGGGACCCACUGCUACCUUUUGAAAGCCAGGAUAUUCAUCUGGACUCACCUUAAAUGCAUCCGCAGCUUCUUGGCCUCAGUUCAAAGGAUUGGUUAUCUUAUAUUUAAAAGGCACAGCUUGUUUUUUGCCUUGGACAGAUCAGCUGGAAUCCGUGCUGUUGUGAGCAUUGUAUGCAUUUGUUAGAAGCAAAUUUGGAACUGUGUUUCCAUGCUUAACAUCUGAUUUGAAGUAAUUAGGAAUGGAAAUAGUGCUUCCAGCUUCUCAGACAACAUGCUUAAGAUAUGCAACACUCUUACGACAAAAGGGCAGUUACUCAUGCAAUAAUACUGGUUUUCACUUAAAAAUACUAUAAGGUUUAGUUUAAGAAAGCAGUUUUCAAUCUUUUCCACACCAGGUUCUCUCAUGAAUCAUCUUCCCAUCUAUCCAGAACUCUCAUCCAUUUAGCAGGAGGGGAAGGGCAGGGUUUCAACACCUCAACACAAAAUUGUACAUUUCUGUACAGACUGCAACCUCUGUCAAAUUAGAAAUCCCUCAUUUAAAAGAAUGGACAAUAAUCCCCCUCUCCCCACAAACAAACAUGGAAUUAUGUCACGAGUUAUUGGGCCAGACCCUGAACUGGUUUAAAUUGGCUUUUUUUCCCCCUGGGAAAUAAUGUACACUCACAAUGUUUUUAUUUCCCUUACUUUCUAUUUAAUCUGAUUCUGUCAUUCCUACUCACAUUAAGAAAUACCUUACUCCAAAGCCAAUCCAUUUGGAUUAAGGCACAGUAUAAGUAUUCAAGUGGAAGAAUUCAACCAACUGAGUGAAAUCCUGGCCCUGUUGAAAUAAAUGGCAAAACUCCUGUUGACAUCAAUAAAGUAAAGAUUUUACCCAUUGAUUGCACUGAGUUGCAAUUUGCUGGAGGUGAGAACUUCAAGGGGUUUGUCAAAACUAAAAAGUAUUUUGUGAAGCAUUUUUUUUGGCUAAAAUGUGAACUUGCUGCUGGUUAAGGAUGCAUCUCAUGAUUUCACCUUGCAGAAUGUUUUCAGUUGUGUGUGUUUUGCUGUAUAUCUGGCCAUCUCUGGAAUCAAUGAAAUCUUCCUUUUCACUUUUAGAUCUAUAGCUGCAUACUUUUUUUUUCUCAUUUGCACAGACACUGGUUGUAGUUACUGCUCUGUUAUGUUACUUACUUUUCAAUGUCAUAAAUUUUACCGGCUUGCAUUGAAGUCAAUAUUGCAGAUCAGUCAAGAGCAUUUUUCAAAUAAUGUACUGCGGUACUUUGCUUUAAAAUGUAUACUUCAACAUAUGCCAAAUGAUCAAAAAAAUUGUGCUUGGAGAUGAGUAGUAAAAUGAUCACCUUAUUUAUUUUUAAAGAUAUUUGGCUGGGGAGUAACAGUCCAAAGCAUAAUUGUUCUCUGAAAAUAGCAUCAUGGGAUUCCAUGUUCAGUGUAUUUUCGUGUCUCUUGUAUCAAAUUUGCUCAGUUUAUAAGGAAAGGAUAGAUCCUGAUCCUGAUUUAAUUCAGUGGAGGUUUUGCCACUACUGGCACUAGUGGGAAAUGGAUUGGCACACCCAAAUAUGGAUUUUCUAAUAACUGGCCUUGAAAACUCACUGACUUCAGAUAUGAAAGUUAAGGGGUCAGUUCACAUUGCCCUGCAUCUUGAAUAAUCAUUUAUACAAGUGUCCAAAGUCUUUGCUUCUUGUACAACUCUGUGACUCAGGAGAAGACUUAUAUAUGUGCUCUACAGGUGCACAUAUACUUUAUUGAAAUCAGCAUUAGUGCACAAGUAUGAAGAACACAUUUUGACUUUCAGACCUUAGAUCAAGGGUGCAAGGCUAGCAGUUCAUAAAUAAAAAAAACAUUUGUUUUUGUUUCAAACUGAGCACAUUUGGUAUUGGGUCCUGGUGAGAAAUCAGUG